GCUUAAAAUGAAACAAAAUAUCCAAUUUCUUGCAGUUUAUAAGGUCUUUUAAAAUAAAUUUCCAGAAAUCCUCUGUCUAAGUCGUAGCCGUGUGGAGAAUGAUCACUCCAUAAAAUAACACUAAAAAUUUGAUUGUCCAAGUCAAAAUAUGUUUAUUAAGAGCAUUACAAUUUUCAAGAAUCUGGAAAACGAGUACUUAGUUUUACCUGAGACGGAUGACCUCCCACCCAAAUACAAUCCUUUUACCCAUAUAAUUACCUAAUCAAAAAUUGACCUGAUUGGUUUCUCACAGCAAAUUAUGAGAGGUAAUUGAGAUUGUUGAAUCUUCAAAGCAACAUUAGCCCAAUAAUUAUUAUGUGUGAAGAAUUAAAUUAAAGCCAGUGUGGGGGCCCUUGAUCAACUUAAGCUCUUUUUGUCAACUCCAUCACAUUUUCACCACUUUGGCAAACAUCUAGUAGGAGUACUAUAUAUGGAGUACUUUAUAUGAUGUUUCCAGUAAGCUACAAGGCAUGUCCAUGGCCACUUUCCACGGCCGCCGCCUCUCGGAGACCACCCUCGCCGCCGUGGAAUCACUAGCUCUGCCCCUUGUGCAAGAAGUGGUGUUUUUGGCUGAUUUCCGGUGCCCCAAGUGCCAGAGGAGGGUGGCGGAGAUUAUGGCCAAAAUGAAUGCAGGGGAAACUCAGUCGGUGGUGAUUAGUGUAUUGGAGAAGACGGUGACGCUGACGUGUGAGGGAAAGCCGGCCAGCCGGAACUCAUGGAGCAAGACACCCCUAUUGUUGCGCCUCUUGCGCUAUUCGUGCAAUUAACUUCUAACCUAAUGUACUUGAGGAUCAAGACACAUUUACUUACUUACUAGUGCAGAUUUGUAAAUAAUAUUCUGUCACAAUACUACAAUGUUUGGAACAUUUCCUUUUUUA